AUGGUUCGCCAUAAGAAAGACUUCAAAGCGAACAACAAAUAUUCCAACAAACCACCAAAAGCCCGCGGCCCGCCACGCCCUCGCCCAGGUGAUGAAGAGGAAGAUGGCGCAGAUGGCGCGAACCUUCGCCCUGCGAAGCCUGCGUACAAAGCAGCGUGCUGGGAUCUAGGACAUUGCGAUGCAAAGCGCUGCUCUGGGAAACGGCUUAUGCGCUUGGGCAUGAUGAGAGAGUUACAUGUCGGGCAGAAAUUUGCUGGCGUAGUCGUCAGCCCAAAGGCAAAAAAGAUCAUCAGCAAAGAAGACAAGGAACUGCUCGAGCAAUACGGCGCGGCUGUUGUAGAAGCCAGUUGGAAACGGAUCGAUGAAGUGCCAUUUGGGCGCAUCGGUGGCAAGUGCGAACGCUUGCUGCCCUACCUCGUUGCUGCAAACCAGACCAACUACGGGAAGCCCUGGCGCCUAAACUGCGUCGAGGCGCUUGCAGCGUGCUUCUACAUUUGCGGACAUCCGGAAUGGGCCGAAUCGAUACUGUCAACCUUUUCGUAUGGAGAGGCGUUUCUGGAUAUCAAUAGUGCACUGUUGAAACGAUACAUGGCAUGCGAGAAUGAGGAGGAGGUCAAGAAGGCUGAAGAAGUCUGGCUUGAGAAGAUCGAGCGCGAGUAUUCUGAGUCUCGCGCAGAAAAGGAGGAUGGCGUCGAGGAAGACGAUUGGGCUGGUGGCAACAUGAACAGGAUGCCCAUCGAUGAGUCGGACGAAAAUGACGAAGACGAUGAGGAUGAUGAAGAUGAAGAUGACGAAGAAGGCAAAGUUGACCCUCGCAAUCCGUACAACAUCCCUGAAUCCUCAGACGACGAAGAAGAGAUGGCUGAGCUACGGAGACGUGUGCUAGCUUCAAAGCCAUUCUCAAACCCUGGACCGAAAGAUGACGACGAAGACGAGAAGAAGGUUCCUGAGCGGAUAACCCGCACGGAGCCUGCGCCAAACUUAACUGCGAAGAAAGAAGCACAGGACGACAGUGAUAUCCCUGAAGAUGAUGCCGAGGUUGACGAGUUCGAUUCUUUCAUGGCUGCUCAACCCACAACGGACCGCACUGGCAUCACAAACAAGCAACGACAAAAGGCUUUAGACCAAAAGUUUACAUUCGCAAGCGGAGCGUUGAAGGCACCCUCUCGGCAAGGAUACGCGUAGAUACGUUGUGCGCAGCUAGAUGUAUGUCAGCCCGAUCGGGUGCUGAUAGGGAACUGCUGUGAUGCCUCCCACGUCUAGCUGCCGAUAACGAUCGAAAUGGUGUAGCUAAUCGACUCGGCAAGCGCGAGACCUUAAACGUUUAUGUACUCCUGCAAGCGACGCAAGUCGUGAGUCUUUGUGGCGUAAUGCCAGGCGUAAUGGCAAAUUUUUGUUCUAUU